GGCGGGACCGGUGUCCUAUCAAGUUAGGUUGCGCUGCAGUUAGCUGGCGGUGGGACAGAAAGGCGUUUUUUGGUUGUUGGUUAACGUCGUGGAGAUUCCCGUGAACGAGGGCGUCUCGCUCCACGAAAGGGCUUUUUAUUUCUUUCGCACAGAAGGUGUUCGGCGCCUCGGCACCGUGACGUGCCGUCCAGCAGUUCAUAUCCAAGAGCGAUUAGGCUUGUGUUUAUGUCUUUGUUUUGUGAAAACGAGCUGUUGCGCAGCCGUUGGUACCUGUGUCGGGGAAACCUAACCAACAAGUGGGGAACUUGCAGCCUAAGUGGCGCAAACUUUUUCAUGUCAGAGACCGAGUACACUUGCAAUUGUUUAUGUCAUCCAUUCUUCUUCAGACAGAAGAUACCAAAAAAUUCCAUUCAAAGAUCUUUUCACUUUACUCAUAAAUCUAAUAGUAAACCAGAAUGGCUGUCAACGUCAACCGCAGUGUUUCCGAUCAGUUCUAUCGGUACAAAAUGCCCCGUCUGAUUGCUAAGGUCGAGGGCAAAGGGAAUGGAAUAAAGACAGUAAUAGUCAACAUGGUUGACGUUGCUAAGGCGCUUAAUCGGCCUCCAACGUAUCCCACCAAGUUUUUUGGUUGUGAGCUGGGAGCUCAGACCCAGUUUGAUUCAAAGAAUGAUCGUUAUAUUGUGAAUGGAUCCCAUGAGGCGAAUAAGCUGCAAGACAUGCUAGAUGGAUUCAUUCGAAAAUUUGUCCUUUGUAAUGAGUGUGAAAAUCCUGAAACUGACCUGCAUGUCAAUCCAAAGAAACAAACUAUUGGUAUUUCCUGUAAAGCCUGUGGAUACAGAGGCAUGCUUGACACGCGUCACAAGCUCUGCACAUUCAUUCUAAAAAAUCCACCUGAAAAUGGGGACGGUGGUUCAGCCAAGAAGGAAAAAGAAAAGAAAAACAAGAAGGGCAAGGAUAAAGAGAAUGGAUCAGUGUCCAAUUCUGAAUCAUCCACCCAUAAUGAAUUUGAUGCUCCAGAAGCAGUGGAUGGUGAGGAUGAUGAUGAAGACUGGUGUGAAGAAACUACAGAAGAGGCCCAGCGGCGUCGGAUGGGUGAGAUCAGUGACCAUGCCAAAAAUUUGACACUCAGUGAUGACCUGGGGAAAACCUUGGAAGAGAGGGUGAACUUAUUCUACAACUUUGUCAAGAUGAAAAAGGAAGAGGGAAUUAUUGACUCGGCUGAUAAAGAACUUCUAUCAGAAGCUGAACGGCUAGAUGUCAUUGCUAUGGGUCCCCUUAUAUUAAGCGAACUGCUUUUUGAUGAAAACAUACGGGAGCAGAUCAAAAAAUAUAAACGACACUUCUUGCGUUUCUGCCAUGGCAAUAAAAAAGCCCAGAAAUACUUACUUGGAGGCUUUGAAUGUUUGGUGAAGAUACAUCGGGAGCAACUGCUUCCUAGGGUUCCGCAUGUCCUGAAGGAACUGUAUGAUGCUGAUCUCCUGGAAGAGGAGGUCAUCCUUGCCUGGGCGGAGAAAGUAUCGAAGAAGUAUGUCCCAAAAGAACUUGCCAAAGAGAUACAUUCAAAGGCAGAUCCAUUUAUUAAGUGGCUAAAAGAAGCAGAAGAGGAAUCUGAAGAGGAGGAGGAGGAGGAAGAUGAAGAUAAAGAUGUAGAGGUGGUUUAUGACAGCUCUGCAAGGGAAGUAAAAGUGGAAACUCUGAAAACCAUUAAGACAAAAGAGGAAGAAGAUAUAGAUAUUGAUGCUAUUUGAUGUAUUACUUUGGGGGGGAAAUUCACUUUUGCAUUGGAAGUCACAGCAAUGGAGAGAUUUCCUUUGUUUACACUGCAACUGCUAAAAUUGGUCUCUGCUGUUUUAAAAACAUUCUACAAUGGUAUUGAUCUAGUGAUUCUUUGCCUCCUACCAAUUAGGAUCUAAAGGACAGCACGUGAAGUCCAAAUGGUAGAAUGGUCCUCCUAAUCUUGUUUUCGGCAAUGACAUUUUCACUGAUAUUGGGUGAUGUUUCUGCAUUUACUGCGCAUUUAUACAGGGAUGUAAAAUAAAAAAAAUUAAAGGGGAUUGUUCUGUAUUCUCUACAUUGGUUUUAUUUGGCACUAGUUGGUAAUUGCAAAGGUUGUUUACUUUCCCCAUCCCUCAUUUGUAUUGAAAUACUAAACAUGUAAGCAACAUUUUGCAAAUGGAAUAUUAGAAUGUCACAAUUAACCUGUUAUAUGGAUGGAUUAAAUUGGGAGUGGUGGUAUUACACUUCUGGUACAGUGACCAAUUAUUGAAUAGCUGAAAAGCUGCUUGUGAUAUCCUUCUACCAUUCAAACUGUUGAACCAAUUCAUCCAAAGAUCAGUACUGAUUGGGGAAAAAUUUCACUUGCACAACAUAAUAACCAUUUUGUUUCCAUCAGAGUCCUGCAGAAUGAUACAAAACAUGGGACAUGAAUAAUUAUCUCAAAUUUGAUGUAAUUCAGUGAAUCAUAAGUGUUCAAAUGUGAAUCCAGCAGCUUGUGUAAUAAACAUGAGUUUGAGAGUAUACCUGAUGCUCAUGGGUAGAUGCUACAAGCUUUAGCUGAGGAUGUGCUCAUUGCAUUCAUUUCUAGGCAAGGAGCUGUACACUUUUUUCAAGUGAAAAGUUUCAUAAAUGUAUUCUUUUCAAUUCUUAGCCUUGUGCAUAGGAGUCUGGCAUGACUGUUGUUAAUUUUGCAUUAAUGCCCAAAUGUAGAUGUUGAAAGAUUUUUUUCUCCAAUUUGACUGCUGUAUUUCAUGUAAAAACUGCAAGGUUUAGAAAUCCAACCAGCAUGUCCUAAUGGUGCAAUCCUUGUGUAAUAAAUGCAAGAAAUGUUCUGUUAGUAAAUUAAAGUUUAUUUUUGGUU